UUUUUUCCUCAAAAGUUUUUUCUUUUAAAAUCAAUGAUCUUUGCGUUUUGUUUUGCAUAUAACUGAGAAAAGGAUUGAGUUUGGUGCAUGCAGACGACGUGUUUGCGAAUAGUUCUAAAUAAAACCUUUGUGCUUGAAUUGUUUGUUUGUGAGAAAGUUUUUCAAACGAAAAGGGAAAGAUGGCAGCAGCAGCAGAAACGGGUGAGAGAGUGGUGGUGAUCCUGGACGGAUCGAGGGAGGUGAAUCCAAGCGUAAUUAGAUGGCCCCUCCUGGGUUUAUCACUCAAAUCUGGGGACAAGCUUUUUGUAAUUGGGAUUCUUCACCAGGUUAUUAAUCCUAUGGGAUUUAGAUCGAAGCUGGAACCGGGAUCAAUAUUUGGACCAAACAAGAAGAUCGCUGUAGAAGAAAUGGGGAAGAAGUUAGAGGAGUACAAAAACAAUGCCGAUAUCCUCGGAAUAUCCAAACAAUGCCAAGAGGAGCAGGGUUAA